UCGACGUUAGUUUCGCGGAGUUCGAAGACGCUCGUCAAGAAUAUUCGUCAUUAUUGGCACGAAGAGUUUCGCGUUCGUCACGGCGUCGGCAUUUCUUUGUGGAGCGCAACCCGCCUGUUUCCAAUGCCUUAUUCCGUCCGUCUGUCGCGCCGUUUCGAUUAAUUAAUCCUCGCGUUUGCAAUUUCCUCGGUCGAGUUUUAUGAUCGUUACAUUCGCGGACCGUUUAAUCGGCGGAAUUGCAUCCGCGCGCGGACGCUUGGGAAGUCAUUCUUUUUUGCUCGAUAAUUAAUUCGCGCCGGGAAAUUUUCCUUCCUGGAAAAGGCGUAAUUCUGUCGCGCAAGGUGCAUCCUAGUGACGUCAGGAUUACGUGCAGGAGAGGAUGUAUUAUUCCAUCGUCGAUUCGAAAUUAAAUUGAACGCGGAUUUCACGGUGCCUGAUGACGUCGCAGUGGGCAACACGUAAUAAUUGAUGAAUCGUCACCUGUUGCCGGGCCUCCGUACGCUUCGAACGCGUUUAAUAAAGCGUAUCGUGCACGCUUGGAAUGCGACUACCGGGUAAACAAACGCGAUUGCAAUAUCGGUUCCGCAACACGUCCGCACGGAUAACGAUCGUGGUUAAAAGUGCGGAGGAGCGCGGCCGGAGCCUCGAGUUGUCGAAGGGCCAACGAACCGUCACGUAAUCCCCGCGUCCUAUGCGUUUCAAUACGUUCUAAUCGCGAUAAAUAUUAUGCGAGCCGUGUUAGUCGUGGCGGCAGUCCUCGCGGUCGUCGAGGUAUCGGCGAUCGAUCGGAGGCCAAAGAACUGCAAAGACGUCGUCAGAAAUGUGAUCAUGGACAGCUGCAAGGGGCCCAGGGAGAAGCGAUCCCCGCAGAGAAACAAUUUAGAAAACUUGAAUCAGCAAAUGUCGCAGGCGAUUCAAAUGGAAAUGGCCAGCGAUGAGGUGAAUCAACAGAAACGUCAGGGUAUGUUCCCUCCUUAUGGUUACGGGUUUCCAGCCGAGAGUUUCAUGUCGGAAAGGUUCCAGGAAACGGAUGUCAAUUUGCCAGGGAUUGGCAACUUUGAGAAUCGUUUUACAAAUGUAGAAGAAAGUUACAGACCUAAUAUGCCAUUCAGGCCACCCAUGUUCUAUCGAUCCGCCAGAUACGCGACGAAAUCAGUUGAUCCGGACGAUCUUCUCGGGUUCACUUUGAGUUCUGAGGAACUCGACGAACUCCAUGAGGAAAUCGGUGACAGAAUUGCUAGGAAUUCCAAGGAAACUUUCCUGACCAUUGCCAAGAAAUGCUGCUUGAACGCGAAACUAUGCAACGACGAUCCAACCCUAGUCCCUUGCAUGGGAUUUUGAUCGCGCCUCUGUUCAUCGUCUAACUAUAAUUCUCAGGAAAAUCAAGUGUACAUAGAUUGUAAUUAGAUUCUCGAAAAU